CGUCUGCCACCAACCGCCGCCGGCCCGGCUCCGCGGCGCGCGAAGUCACGCACUCGGACCCUCGCGGCGCCGCCGGCGGGGAGCUCUUCUCCUCAACCCAGAGACCCAUAUACCGUCAGCCUCUGCGGCACGGAAACCGCGAGGUUAGCACGGCCGGCGGCGAGACUCGAACCCCUUCCUCCCUACAGCACACGCGGUCGCCGCGAUGGCUACUGCCGCCGCGGCGGCGCGCCCCUGGGACCCGACCGUCUCGCUGCGGCUGGACCACCCGGCGCUCGUCCUCCUCGAGCGGUGCCGGGGCGGGGCGCGGCCGUUCAAGGCGAUCCUCGCCCACAUGCUCCGCGUCCGCCUCGCAUUCGAGACCUUCCCCAUGAGCCGGCUGCUCUACUUCGCCACCGUCGCCUUCCCGCAGUACACCCGCGAGGCCUUGCUCCUGUUCGAGCACUUCACGACUCGCCCCAACCUCUACUGCUACAACCUGGUGCUCUCGGCGCUCUCCUCCUCGCAGAGCCGGUCUGUUGCUCUCUACAAGUCCAUGCUCGCGUCGUCCGCUUCCCCCGAUGAGAAGACCUUCCUGUCGCUGCUGAAGUCUGUGGGGUGCGCGUCGGUCGGGAAGCAGGUACAUGCUCACGUCCUUGUGAAUGGCCUGCACUCGCGUGUGUACCUGCGGAACUCGCUGAUCAAGAUGUACCUUGACGCCGGCGAUGCAGAGACGGCCGAGGCGAUGUUCCAAAGUGUGCCGGUGCCGGAUGUGGUGUCCUGUAACAUCAUGCUGUCAGGGUACGUCAAAGGAGGAUGCGUCGUGAACGCGCUGCAACUUUUCCGUGAUAUGGCGUCGAGGGAGAUUGGUGUUGAUCAGUAUGCGGCUGUUGCUCUCCUCUCUUGCUGCGGGCGGCUGAAGAACGCACUUCUUGGGAGGUCCGUUCAUGGCGUUGUCGUGCGGAGGAUGGAUAUAAAAGAUAGGGGGUUGAUUUUGAGCAAUGCCCUUUUAGACAUGUAUGCCAAAUGUGGAGAAAUGAACACAGCCAUGAGAGUCUUUGGUGAAGCUAAGGAGAAGGACGACAUUUCGUGGAAUACCAUGAUCGCAGGGUUUGCUAAUGAUGGCAUGCUGGAUCUUGCUAGUAAAUUUUUCUUUGACGCGCCUUGCAGGGAUCUAAUAUCCUGGAAUACACUUCUGGCUGGGUAUGGUCGAUGCAGAGAAUUCGCUGCAGUGAUGGAACUAUUCAAUGAUAUGCUUUCCAGUCGUGUAAGACCUGAUAAGGUGACUGCUGUUACUUUGAUCUCUGCUGCUGUAAGCAAGGGAGCCUUGAAUCUGGGAAAGAGCGUCCAUGGCUGGGUGCUUAAAGAACAUGGAACUCAAGAUGCUUUCUUGGCUUCUACUCUUGUAGACAUGUAUUGCAAAUGUGGAAAUGUCAAAUUAGCCUAUGCUGUGUUUGAGAAGGCCUUGGAUAAAGAUGUUACCUUGUGGACAGCUAUGAUAUCAGGCCUUGCAUUCCAUGGCCAUGGAACCGAAGCAUUGGAUUUAUUUUGGAAUAUGCAAAAUGAGGGUGUAGCACCUAAUGGCGUGACAUUGGUCACUGUUCUGAGUGCAUGUAGUCACGCUGGUCUGCUAGAUGAGGGGUGUGAGAUUUUUUAUACUAUGCAGAAAAGGUUCAACAUUGAACCAAGAGUAGAACACUUUGGUUGCAUGGUUGAUCUCCUUGCACGAUCAGGUAGGUUGUCUGAUGCUGUAGGCUUAGCUAGGAUGAUGCCAAUGAAACCAAGUCGCUCUAUAUGGGGUUCCAUUUUAAGUGUGAGUUCAUCCUGUCAAAAUACAGAAGUUGCAGAGAUUGCUUCGAAAGAACUCCUCCGUCUUGAACCUACAGAAGAAGGCGGAUAUGUUUUGCUUUCUAACCUCUAUGCUGCUGGAGGUCAGUGGAACUACAGUAAUAAAGUGAGAGAGAAUAUGGAAAUGAGAGGUGUGAGAAAAUCAGCAGGUGCUAGUGGUUUGGCUGUUGAUGAUGUGCCCUAAUAUGCUAGGACUUGAAGCAGGAAACAUGGGAUAAUUGGGAGAAGAUCAAACUGUAUGGUAUGCUCUACCUUGAAUGUGAAGAAACGUGCACUUCUUCAGUAAGCUGUAUCUAAUUAUUUACAGUUUUAUGGAUGUGGACCUGAUGUGAUGAUGAUGACCGGCCACAACAUCAAAUCCUUAUCAAGAUACAGUUAGCAUGAAUGCAUGAUUACUGACACCGUUGCCACAAUGGAAGAAUGCAGAAAGCCAGCAACAGUGCACACAAUAUUGGUCAUCGACUCUGUUGAAGCUGCUCACUGUUCAAAGCCACGUGGCCAGGCCUAGAUGCCGCCCCUCCUGGUCAUUAAUCACCGCUCGCCGCCACCAUAUGGUACCCAAAUGAGCUGCUGUUGCUGCACGGCUGCACCAGUCUCCCAUGGUCUGGGUUCCACAGGUCAGGCGUUUACAUCCCUUGUACCCAAUUGUUAACUGCGACGCCAAUUGUCUUGAGCCAUGACAAAUGCGUGCAUGCAGCUUCAUUUUCAUUGAGCUCACUCCUGAUCAUGCCAUGAACAUUACAAUCUUUUCUGCUGUAAGGAUGUGCAUUACAAUCUUUUCUGCUGUAAGGAUGAACAUUAGAACCCA